GCCUGUGGCCCUGCCAUGCCAGGCGCUGCCGCAUGCCGCUGCCGCACCAGCCGCACCGGCCGGUGCCCGCCGUCGAGCUGCUCACCUCGCGGCCCAUCACCGUCGAGGAGAUGCCGUCCGGGGGCUGGAGGUUGCCGUGCAGAUGGCGGGCGAGACCCCGGACGCGGGUCCCGGCACAGGUGCGGUGAACUACAAGCACCUCCCCGCUAUCCUCGGCAGCCUCCGGGACGACUGGGAGCCCCUGCAGGUCUCGGGGAGGCCCGCCGACUGCUUCGCGGAGGUGCACGGGCGCCUGGAGACCCACCUGCACCCCCACUACAUGGGGGAGAAGCUCCAAGCGGGCCUCCUCGGCGCUGCGGGGGUGUUGCUCCUGCGCUUCGUGCACGUCCUCGGCCAGACCUCUCCGUACCUGCACUUCCUGCUCGAGUUCCACGCCAUCGGCUUCGUCCCGAAGGAGCGGCCCGGGCCCUCAGCCCCGCCCGGCGAUGACCAGACGAAGAUGGGCGUCAACGUUCUGGUCCUGAAUUGCAUCCACUUCCAGGUGUCCAAGCACCGGCUGACUCCGAACAGCUUCGCGUUCGACAGCGAGAGGGGCCAGUGGCACGCACGCGCGGGCGCCGACGGCGGCGAGGAGGCGGUCGACCACCACUGCGGCCCCGUCUGGGUGCAGGUGCAGAACGUGCGGGCAGGGAACCUGGCGCCCCUGAGCCUGGCCGGCGGCAUGGACUGGCCGCCCGUCGGGGGCGCCGCCGUGGGGCAGCCGUCGCGGGCCGAGGCCUCGCUGGCUGCCGAGGCAGCGGCGGCGCCGCCGACGCGGCGGCCAACGGGCACGGCAGCGCCGACGCCGCCCCCCGCGGCGCGAAGCGCGCCAAGGACCCGAGGCCGCCGACGCGGGCGGCGCCGCCCCGGCGGCCGCCGCAGUCGCGCCGGCCGCCAAGGGCCGCGCGGCGGCGUGGGCCCCCAAGAAGAAGAAGAAGUCCGCCGCCGGCGCGUUCGGCAAGAAGGGCGCGGGCCUCUGAUCGUCGGCGGGCGGCGCGAGCCCGCUGCGCCGUGCACUCGGCCGGUGCCGCGAUGGCGCGAGUAA